CAUCCCUGUCUGGAGCCUAAGGUGGGAAUGAGAUCCCGAAAUCAGGGAAGUGAAAGUUCACCCAAUGGGCAUAUCUCCUGCCCCAAGUCCUCUAUCAUCAGCAAUGCAGAUGAUAAAAGCCUCUCAGAAGAUGCAAAAAAGAAGAACAAAUCAAAUAGGAAAGAAGAUGAUGUCAUGGCCUCAGGAACUGUCAAACGACACCUAAAACCAUCUGGAGAAAGUGAACGGAAGACUAAGAAAUCUUUGGAGUUAUCUAAAGAAGACCUCAUCCAGUUACUCAGUAUAAUGGAAGGGGAGUUGCAGGCCAGGGAAGAUGUGAUCCACAUGCUGAAGACAGAGAAAACUAAGCCUGAGGUUCUGGAGGCUCAUUACGGUUCUGCAGAGCCAGAGAAGGUGCUGAGGAUCUUGCACCGAGAUGCCAUCUUAGCCCAGGAGAAGUCCAUAGGAGAGGAUGUCUAUGAGAAACCCAUUUCAGAGCUGGACAGACUUGAGGAGAAGCAGAAAGAGACCUACCGGCGCAUGCUCGAGCAACUGCUGCUGGCUGAGAAGUGUCAUCGGCGCACAGUGUACGAGCUGGAGAAUGAGAAGCACAAGCACACUGACUACAUGAACAAGAGCGACGAUUUCACCAACCUGCUGGAGCAGGAGCGGGAGAGAUUGAAAAAGCUCCUUGAACAAGAAAAGGCUUACCAAGCCCGCAAAGAAAAGGAGAAUGCUAAGCGGCUUAAUAAACUAAGAGAUGAGCUUGUGAAACUCAAGUCCUUUGCACUCAUGCUGGUGGAUGAAAGGCAAAUGCAUAUUGAACAACUUGGCCUGCAAAGCCAAAAAGUACAGGACCUCACCCAGAAGCUAAGGGAAGAAGAAGAAAAGCUCAAAGCCCUAACCUCCAAAUCCAAAGAAGAUAGGCAGAAACUGCUCAAAUUAGAAGUAGAUUUCGAACACAAAGCUUCAAGAUUUUCCCAGGAGCAUGAAGAGAUGAACGCUAAAUUGGCCAAUCAAGAGUCUCAUAACAGACAACUUAGACUCAAGCUGGUUGGCUUAACUCAAAGAAUUGAGGAGCUGGAAGAGACCAACAGAAACCUUCAAAAGGCAGAAGAAGAACUUCAAGAAUUAAGAGAUAAAAUUGCCAAAGGAGAAUGUGGUAACUCCAGCCUCAUGGCAGAAGUAGAAAACCUGCGGAAGCGUGUGCUUGAAAUGGAGGGCAAAGAUGAGGAGAUCACUAAAACUGAAUCACAGUGCAGAGAAUUAAAGAAGAAGCUGCAGGAAGAAGAACACCACAGUCGGGAGCUCAAACUUGAAGUUGAGAAGUUACAGAAGAGAAUGACUGAGCUGGAGAAAUUGGAAGAAGCAUUCAGCAAGAGUAAAUCUGAAUGUACCCAGCUACAUCUGAAUCUAGAGAAAGAGAAAAACUUAACCAAAGACCUGCUGAAUGAGUUGGAGGUGGUCAAGAGCCGAGUUAAGGAACUGGAGUGUUCUGAAAGUAGAUUGGAAAAGGCGGAAUUAAGCCUAAAAGAAGAUCUUACGAAGUUGAAGUCAUUUACCGUAAUGCUGGUUGAUGAGAGGAAAAAUAUGAUGGAAAAAAUCAAGCAAGAAGAGCGAAAAGUAGAUGGGCUCAAUAAAAAUUUCAAGAUAGAACAAGGGAAGGUUAUGGAUGUAACGGAAAAACUGAUCGAAGAAAGUAAGAAGCUGUUAAAACUGAAAUCGGAGAUGGAAGAAAAGGUAUACAAUUUGACAAAAGAGAGAGAUGAGUUAAUAGGCAAACUGAAGAAUGAAGAAGAAAAAUCCUCAGAAUUAAGUUGCAGUGUUAACUUACUAAAGAAGAGACUUGAUGGCAUAGAGGAAGUAGAGAGAGAAAUAACGAGAGGAAGGUCUCGAAAAGGGUCUGAACUCACCUGCCCAGAAGACAACAAGAUUCAAGAACUGACGCUUGAAAUUGAGAGACUGAAAAAACGCCUCCAGCAACUGGAGGUGGUUGAAGGGGAUCUGAUGAAGACAGAGGAUGAAUAUGAUCAGCUGGAGCAGAAAUUUAGAACUGAGCAGGAUAAGGCAAACUUCCUGUCACAACAACUGGAGGAGAUAAAGCACCAAAUCGCCAAGAAUAAAGCCAUAGAGAAAGGUGAAGCUGUGAGCCAGGAAGCUGAGCUGAGACACAGAUUCCGGCUAGAAGAAGCGAAAAGUCGAGACUUAAAAGCCGAAGUGCAAGCUCUGAAAGAGAAGAUUCAUGAAUUAAUGAACAAAGAAGAUCAGCUUUCUCAGCUGCAAGUAGAUUAUUCUGUCCUGCAACAGAGAUUUAUAGAAGAAGAAAGUAAGAACAAAAACAUGGGCCAGGAGGUCCUCCAUCUGACCAAAGAGUUGGAGCUUUCUAGGCGUUACAGCCGAGCUCUCAGACCCAGUAUGAAUGGAAGGAGGAUGGUAGAUAUUCCUGUGACAUCAACAGGAGUACAGACAGAUGCUGUGAGCACUGAAGCCGCAGAGGAAGAAACACCAGCGGUGUUUAUAAGAAAAUCCUUCCAAGAAGAGAAUCAUAUCAUGAGCAAUCUUCGACAGGUGGGGUUGAAAAAGCCUAUGGAAAGAUCCUCUGUUCUUGACAGGUACCCUCCAGCAGCAAACGAACUCACUAUGAGGAAGUCCUGGAUUCCAUGGAUGAGAAAGAGGGAAAAUGGUGCCCCACUCACCCAAGACAAAGGGCCCCGCAGCAACUCCAGUCCAGGGCAUCCGGGUGAGCUGGUCCUUUCGCCAAAGCAGGGACAGCCCCUUCAUAUUCGAGUGACACCAGAUCAUGAGAAUAGUACUGCCACUCUGGAGAUCACCAGCCCCACCUCAGAGGAAUUCUUUUCUAGUACCACUGUCAUUCCUACCUUAGGGAAUCAAAAGCCAAGGAUAACUAUCAUCCCGUCGCCAAAUGUCAUGUCUCAAAAACCAAAGAGUGGAGAGAGUACUCUGGGUACAGAACGGGCCAUGUCCCCUGUCACCAUUACAACGUUUUCCAGAGAAAAGACUCCAGAAGGUGGAAGAGCUGCGUUUGCAGACAGGCCCACAUCUCCCAUUCAGAUCAUGACAGUGUCAACAUCAGCAGCACCAGCUGAGAUGACAACUUCUCCUGAGUCUCCCGAAGUGCCCAUAGGCAGGACUAUCUUCAAAGUCACCCCAGACAAACAGACUGCCCCACCUCCAGUCCGGAAAUACAACUCCAACGCCAACAUCAUCACAACAGAAGACAAUAAGAUUCAUAUCCACCUGGGUUCUCAGUUUAAACGUUCUCCUGGGACUUCAGCGGAAGGAGCAAGUCCAGUGAUUACUGUCCGGCCUGUCAACGUGACAGCUGAAAAGGAGGUUUCCACUGGCACUGUUCUUCGCUCUCCCAGGAAUCAUCUCUCCUCACGACCUGGUGCCAGCAAAGUAACGAGCACUAUCACCAUAACACCAGUCACAACCUCAUCUUCCCGUGGAACCCAGUCAGUGACGGGACAAGACGGGUCAGCUCAGCGGCCUACACCCACCCGCAUUCCUAUGUCAAAAGAAAGCAUCAUCAUUCACCAGCUACGUAUGAGCUCCAGAUGAAAUGGCAAACAAAGCACAUACUGCUUGUGUGUUCUUCCUCUGACUCCCUGUUGAAUGGAUAGGAUUUCUACAGCCUUUCAUCAUCAUUAUGGUCCUCCAUGCUACUGAUCACUACUGGGAAAUGUCCUACUUCCAGUUUUUUGACAAUAUAAUGCAAAAACUGAAAAACAGCAGAUAUCAAAAUAGGUGUCAAGUGUAAUUCAAUUUUAGUCAAAAGAAAUUUCUUUUUGCAAAAGGACUUUCGGGUCCAUGGGCACAUGUUAUGUAACUUAUUUUUGUAAUAUGCUCUGUAAUGUGAUUUUUCCCUAAAGUGUUUUUUUUUCAUAGUCUAUUGCACAUAUAUCUGUUGGAUACAUGGUCAGUUUUUUUUUUAACAUUUAUGUUAGUGUUUUCAAAAUGGUAAACUGCAUUUAUUUUCUUUUCUUAAUCUGUAAUUUCUGAAAAAAGAGAGUGUUACUAUCUUUGCAUUUCCUGGGAGAAAUUUAAGAGGUCAAACAGAAGCAAGCGAUCCUGGAAGGGACUUAAUUAUUGAUUGUACAAUGCUAUGGUUCUGAUCAUGGUCCAACAAUAAUAAUGCUGUGACUUAAGAGUUUGAUUUUAUCCAUUUAAGGCCAGUUACUUUUUCUUUCUUUCUUUCUUUCAUUUAUUAGUGAUUUAAUAAUGAUUGACAAGAUUGUGGGAUAAGAGAGGUACAAUUCCACACAAUUCCCACUACCGGAGCUCUGUAUCUUAUCCCCUCCAUUAAAAGUUUCCCUGUUCUUUAUCCCUCUGGGAAUAUGGAACAAAGAUCUUUAUGGGGGUGCAAAGACGCUUUCUUUUCCACAUUGAGUGCUUUUGAAGUCAACUGUGUGGAUUUUAGGGGGAAAAAGAAUUGUGAGUUAUUUUCAAUUCAAAUUAAAAGUCAUUGGGGGUGGGGAAGCAGUGGUGCUCCUGGUUAAGCACAUAGUACUCUGUGCAAGGAACUGUGCAAGGACCAGGGUUUGAGCCCUGCUCUCCACCUGCUGCAGGGACACUUCACAAGCUGUGAAGCAGGUCUGCAGGUCUCUUUCCUUCUCUCUUUUCUUCCCCUGUCAAUUUCUUUCAGUCUUAUUAAAUAAAACAGAAAAAAAAAAAAAAAAGGAAAAAUGGUCUCUGGGAGCAGUGGAUUCAUAGUGCAGGCACUGAGCCCCUGAGCCCCAGCAAUAACCCUGGUGGGGAAAAAAAAUAGUCACAGGGUUUUCUUUCUUUUAAAAAAUGAUUUAUUUCUUUUUGUGAUUGAAAGGAGGGAGAGAGAGACAGAGAGAGGGAGGGACUUGAGCAAGCACUCAGCUCUUUGAUCUGGGCCGUCAGUCAUGUAUGUCCUGUGCUCUAAGAUGAUGAGCAUUCAUUUAACUCCUUUGGUUUCUGAAUACAUACCCCUAUGAUAUUUUCUCUUGGUACCGUAUAUUUCAAAAGAAUGAUACUAAUGUUUCUUCAAUAUGACCUAUGAAUACACAAUUAUCCUGUCUGGUCUUCAUACAGCACCCUAAAUUCAAGAUCUAUAAAUUGAUGUCUUUACCAUAUUGGAGGAAAUCUUUCUUCAAGUAUUCUCUAGGCUAUAUUCUCUCUCUUAUUAUACUAGAAUUAAGGCCAGUUUUUAAAGUCACUCUUUUUGGUGUUUUCUGUCUCAAAAUUCUAUAUGAAAUGAUUUGCAUAUGGGAAAAUUCAUCAAUGAAGAUCUAUAAGUUUAGCUGGCAAGGGUUAUAGGACCUGCUUAGACUGACAGUUAUAUAUGUUUGCAUUUUUUACUUUUAAGUACAGACUUAUAGAAAGGACUAUUAUAUCAAGACAUUUUUUACAAUCUACCCACUUCAAAGCCUAAAAAAUGAAAACUUAGAUAAUAUCAGCCUCUUUUGAAAAAAAAAUUGGUAGGAGAAAUUCCAACAUAGAUAACAUUUUCUUGAUAGGAUUUGGACAGAUUUUCAUAAUCACAUGUAAAUUACAGACUAUAUUCACAGGUUACUCAAAUCUUCACAUAAGAACCUCUACUGAAUUUUGAUUUUUACAUGGAAACGUGCAUCUAAAGUGUAUUUGAAACACUAAUAAUGUGGUUGUGUUUAAAAAGUUUUUUGAAUGCAUGUUUUCAUAAUCUUUAACAACGAAGAUAAGUGAAGAGUUGACCCAUUGGUUUCUAAAUGAAGAAGUGACAUAUUAUAUAGCAAUGCUGAAAUUUAAGAAAGAAUACCUUUUAAUGUCAUGAGGAUGACUAAACACUACAUAAAUUAUAUUGCUGACCCAGCUUUUCAGUCCCAUUGUAUGGAGACUUAUGAAAAUAAUUCCAUGGAAUUAAAAAAAAAUUAAUGUUGGAUUUCCUCCCCCAUGUAACUUUGAGACAUCUUAAGGCAGACCUUGUUGGAUAAACAGGACAUAUUCAGAGGGUCUUGUAAAUUAAAAAAAACUGUAUGCAAAAUCAUUCUUGAUUUUUUUUUUUUUUAAAGUAGAAGAGAAGUAGGCUUGCCGUAGCUUAAAUGAUUGUCAAGAGCAUCCCAUAUCACGCAGGGCAUUUGUUUACUGAUUGAGAAAAUUAGAGUAUACAUAUGUGACUUAAAAAAAUGUUUUUAGUGAAUUUAAUUAUUAUUUUUUUUGAAAAUGUUGAACUGCAAUGACAUCGGCAGUUAGGAGAAGGUUUUUUUCAGUGUGGUUAUAUUUUCCAACUCACAGUUGUCUCUUUGCCAACAAGUGCAGAUUUCUGAUGGCACAAAUAUUCCGAUAUGCCACAGAUCAACAUUUGAAGCAAACAUUUUUUUCUCAACUGGUGAAAAUGUUAUUACACUAAGUGAAAAGAUUAGCAGGUAAGACUUUAAAUACUUACUACAGGUAAUUUAUGUAUAUUUGGAUCUCUGAUGUUUUUGUCUCACUCAGUUUCAUGAUCAAAUUUGGUACUGGCAAUGCAGAGUGAAGUUGAUGGUAAAAUCAGAGUCAUUUAGGAUGAGGGACAUUGUUAAAAAUAUUGGAUAGAGACAGAGUGAGGUUGACUGGAGAAGGGGAGGUAGAGAGAGGGAGACAAAGAGAUACCUGCAGUACUGCUUCUUGGGCUUGAACUUGGGUCCUUGCACACUGUAAUGUGUGCACUUAACGAGGUGCGCUACCACCUAGCCCCAAGGGUGAGAAACAUCUUCUGCCCAUGUUAUAAGUCCUUUAUUUGGACACAUAUAGAACCUGAGUAAUGGAUGUGUAAAUUCAAUCAAAAAUUACCUUGAAAUAAAAUAUUGAAACUUGAGAGAAAAAAUAUUAAUUGUAUGUUAGAAAAUAUUUAAACCACUUUUCUAAUAAAAAUAAACACAAUCAUAAAAUAAUAUCCAUCCAAUUAAAAUUGUUUCUCUAUGCAACUCUAGGCUCACUUCAUUUCUACACCUUUUAUUGUAAGCAGAUCUCCAAUAGUCAACCUGAAUGCAAUCAUUUUUGAAUAGAAAAUUUUCUGAAAUACUAUCAUCAGUGUUACGGGUUUAAAGCACAACAACCAAACCAAUCCAUUAAGUUAUUUUUUACUUUUUGAUAAGAAUGUUUUUUAAAGGUUAUCUUCUGCAUUUUUUUUUUCAUGCACUCUUCGGGCUUGAUGAAGAUAGUGGCUAGAACUGAUAUAACAGAUGUUAGAUGUCCAGCUAAUUGUAUCAAAUAAAACAUGGCUAAUUAUACCUCAAAAUAAUCAUAAAAAUCAUGGUGUGGAAUACUAACCGAGUUACCAAUGAAACUGAGUAAUCACAGAAAAUAAGAAAUUGUACCCCCUCCUUCUAAUAAAGUGGUAAGUCCACAUGUGAGACCAUGGAGUUAAGGAAGAAAAAAAAUUAGGGGAAGACUUAGGAUAAGGAUAGAUGAUGUCUGAGACAAUAUACUAAGCUUGUGUCCUUUUCUAUUUAUGCAGUGACUGAAUUUCCCUGGAAAUAUAUAAAAACACCAAGAGUAUGUUAUGAGUUUGAUGAACAACAAUUUCUUAAAAAUAACAAAAGUGCAAAAUUGAACUUGAACAAAACCACGAACUGGCACCUGAUAUAUAUAUUCCUCUCUCAGUGUGCUAUCUCUGCUAAAAUUACUAAUGAGAAGACAAAUGGAAAAGAAUACAGUUUAGUAAAUUGAUAAAAAUUGAGACAUUAAUGGAAUUAACUGUUUCAUGACUAUCACUACAUAUAUGUAUGCACAUCUCUGUGUAUAUAUAUAUAUAUAUAUAUUCAAUUUCAGCAUUUACUCCAUGAUUAUGACAACUAUGUGACUUUGAUAAAAUACAAGUUCAUGCAUUAAUAAAAUAUAAGUUCAUACAUUGGGAAAAAAAACGUUGAAGCUAUGAAAUGAUCCAUUGAUUUUCCAGUGGUAUUUGAUAUGUCAUUUGGAUAAUUUUACAUAGAUUUUGUUAUUUUCACUGUGCAGAUCUGUAUUUAGCCAAGGUUUUGUUGAAAAGAAAAUCAGUUAUUCAUUUCUUCAGUAUAAGAGGUAUAUAUUAUGAUCAAUGAUUCUUGGAAGUCUUGCAGGUCUUAUGGCUUUUCAGAAAGUAAAGAGUGCAUUGAAAAACAUUGGAGUCAUAGCUGAUUUUCUCACUGGUGUCUAUCUUUUCUUCUUCAAGUUUUAUUAAGUACAUAAGAAGUUUGUCAACCAAGCCAUGUGAGUUUAUGAAUAUGUACUUGUCUUUUAUUUGAAUGUAAAAUUUUGUUUUCAGUU